GCAUUGUGUAUAAACUCUACUGAUCAACAGGAAGCUGCAGUUGCUAGCAACCGGAAGGGUAUAGUAUUCUUCCGUAUGGAAGAUGGGAUGCCUUCAAGUGAUAAGUCAUCGGACUUCUUGUGGGCCAAGGCUGAUUGGCCACAAGAUGGGUGGGCAGGUUCGGAAUCUACUCCUGCUCCUACAUGUGUUUCGCCUGGUGUUGGUCUUGGCAACAACAAAGGCGCACACCUUGGGCUCGGUGGAGCAACUGUUGGCGUAGGUUCUUCAGUUUGGCCUAGCAAAGACUUUACUGGUGGUGGAGCAUUAGGAGUUAAAGGUUUUGCUGGUAUUGGUGCCUAUGGAUUAGGUUGGGGAAUUCAACAAGAUUUUGAAGAUGUUGUUGAUCCACCUGCGACUAUGGAGAACGUAACUACGAAGGCUUUGUCUAGUCAUCCGAUGAGACCUUUCUUCUUGGUUGGCUCAAGCAAUACACACAUUUAUUUGUGGGAGUUCAAUAAGAACAAAGCUAUGGCUACAUAUGGAGUGCUACCCGCGGCCAAUGUCCCUCCACCUUAUGCCCUUGCAUCAAUAUCAGCUUUGAAGUUUGAUCACUUCGGACAUCGGUUCGCUAGUGCUGCAUUAGAUGGAACUGUCUGUACGUGGCAAUUGGAGGUAGGGGGAAGGAGCAAUGUUCAUCCAACAGAAUCAUCACUCUGCUUUAGCGGUCAUGCGUCGGAUGUGGCCUACUUGUCUUCAAGUGGAUCAAUUAUAGCUGUAGCUGGGUAUAGCUCUAAUGCUGUUAAUGUGGUUAUAUGGGACACUUUAGCUCCACCAACAACUUCCCGUGCUUCGAUUCUAUGUCAUGAAGGUGGUGCGCACUCCCUUUCUGUUUUCGAUAGCCAUGUAGGCGGUGGUUCUGUUUCCCCAAUUAUCGUGACUGGUGGUAAAGGUGGUGAUGUUGGUCUCCACGACUUCCGCUAUAUAGCGACUGGAAAGACAAAAAGGCACAGGCAUAUUGAUACUAUGGGGCAUAGCCCUACUGUGUCUUCGACUCAUGAUAAGGACCAGAAAACAGAUGGUAUGCUUUGGUAUAUUCCAAAGGCUCACUCAGGGACUGUUACAAAAGUCGUUACCAUCCCGAAUACAAGUUUGUUUCUAACUGGAGGCACAGAUGGAGAUGUCAAACUCUGGGAUGCUCAGAACACAAAGUUAGUACAUCAUUGGUCAAGGAUACAUGAUAAGCACACCUUCGUGCAGCCGAGUUCCCGUGGAUUUGGUGGUGUUGUUCGGGCUGCUGUUACGGAUAUACAAGUUGUUUCGCAAGGUUUCCUCUCGUGCGGUGGGGAUGGAACUGUGAAGUUGCUACGGCUCAGCGGUCACCUUGAUAGCCAUGGAGUCAAACUAUGAUGUUUGAUGAUCUACUCUCAUUCAAGCAUAACUUGCUGCAAAACUGCAAAGGUUUUCAUGAAAUGAGUGGUUGCGAUUGAUUUCCGGAUUGUUGAAGCAGCCAUCGAUUUUGAACAGGAUAGUUCAUCACUACAUCCGCGUCCACGUCCACGUCCACGUCCACGUGUUGAAAAGGUCAGCAUAACUUCAUCUGCAUCCAGAAAUAACAGUCCUUUUGUCUUUUUUAAUCACCUUUUGAGAUGGUUAUUGUUCUGUGUGGGUUCAAUUUUCUAUUAGGUUCCAUUUGCAGGGUGCUUGAUUUUGAGAAGUGCAAUUAGUGUAAAGUUGUGUUAAAUAAAUCAUAGAAAAGUUUUAUUCAUAUACUCAAAUGCAAAUGUGAUCAGAGAUGAGAAAGACAUGCUUGCAUGUCUAGUUAGAGUAGGAAUUUAAUUUUGCUUAUUAAUAUUAAUGGUGUAAAACAAUUUACAGUUUUAUUCAAUCAUAUAUUAUAUUAGUAAAUUGAAAUUGA